CCACGAUGCGAAAAAGUAAUGGGAGGAGAAGUCAUUCGCCCGUCGACGCCGCCGUCGUCGCGCUUCGACGGAACGGGGGGAGACGGAAGGGGAGGGGCGGCUUCCCUCUUCUGUGGCUUCCGUCGCGCUUACCAGAAGAACAACAAGAAUCCCCCGCCAACAAAAAUCUCGUCGCAGGCGAAGUGCAACCUCGAGUUCUUCCCCAUGAAACCCUAGGAGAUCCGACGUUUCCCCGAAUUCGGUGCCAGAAACCCUUGAAGAUCCUACGUUUCCCCGAAUUGGUUCUGGGUCGCAGGCCAAGCUCAACCCGAGUUCUUCCCCUUAGUGCUCGAGUUACCUUUUCCUGGGAUCCUAUGAUCGAAGCGGAACCCUAAUUGGACUUGUGAUUCUUGAGAAGAUGGUGUUUUGGGAAGGGUAUGUGAGCGACGACGUGAUGGGCACGUUCGCCCCUAUCGUCGUUUACUGGCUCUACGCCGGCUUCUACCAGCUCCUGCCGCGGUUGGACCGCUACCGAUUGCACACCGAGAAAGAAGAGGAGCAGAAGAACCUGGUGACGCUGUCGACUGUGGUGAAGGGCGUACUGUUGCAACAGCUCGUCCAAGCAACCGUCGCACAAGUGCUCUUCUUGGUGACUGCCCAGGCAAGCUUGUUGGGGGUGCCUGUUCAACCAUCUAUUCCAGUUCAAAUCUUGCAGGUCUUCAUGGCAAUGUUAGUAAUGGAUACAUGGCAGUAUUUUGUACACCGAUACAUGCACCACAACAAGUUCCUGUACCGUCAUAUUCACUCCCAGCAUCACCGCCUGGUUGUUCCUUACGCGGUUGGAGCACUCUACAACCACCCAUUGGAGGGUCUCCUCCUUGACACCUUUGGUGGCGCCAUGUCAUUCCUGAUCACAGGGAUGACACCACGUACUGCUGUGUUCUUUUUCUGCUUUGCUGUAAUCAAGACUAUAGAUGAUCACUGUGGCCUUUGGUUGCCCGGGAAUAUCUUCCACAUGUUCUUUCAGAACAACACAGCCUAUCACGACAUCCACCAUCAGCUACAAGGAUCUAAAUACAACUACUCGCAGCCAUUCUUCUCAGUUUGGGACAGGAUGCUUGGGACGUACAUGCCGUACAGCUUAGUCACUCGUCGACAAGGUGGGUUAGAAGCAAGACCUUUGAAAGACUAAGAGUUUGAACCGUCGUAUACAUUUCCUUGUCUCAGAGUACUGCUGCAAACAAAACAUUUCACGUACCCGACGCUUUAAAGCUGUUCUAUAUAGCGGGAGAUAGGAUUUUUCUACUGCAAGAGAUUGGUAGUUCCCUUGUAUUUGUUGUGGUCACAGUUUGAACUGUUUUAAAUCUUUUUUUUAUCAUGUACAGUUUGUGUUGCACAAUUCUUCUGCAGAUCAUGUCUAAUUUUAGUCAAUCUGCCACAGCACUGGGUGUAAGGCUCUGUGACAGUUUUGUGGACAUAUAUGCUGAUUGCAGUUUUCUACUUA